AUGGAAGCCAACGUUUCUUCUAACUUACGGGUUGCAAAAGUGAAGCACUCCAAUGUACAGCCGUUGCCGAUUUGUGUAUACCAGCCUAGUCAGGAGGCUGUUCACUCUCCAGGAGCUAAAUUAUGGCAGUCAGCCUUGCAAAAGGUUCGCACUCGUGCGGCAAAGCUAGAUCUCUGGAGCGAUUUUGAUUUGAAGUCGACGCCAACGAUUGCAGCCGUCCGUCAUCGAUAUAGUGCGCUUAAAAAGAAAUGGAUCAAAGACAACAUAUUAGUUAAAAUGGAGGAUAAAGCCUUUAACAGAGGCGCUAUGAGAGAAUGCUUCAGAUUGAAGAAACUACCUGGCAAUGGUGACUGGAGCGCUGCAUCAAAUUAUGUUGCUAAACGAUAUAUUUCCCCCGUUAGCAGUUCAGUAUACUUGGAUGAUGUGCGUCUGCAAAUGGAGGCGAAAUUGUGGGCCGAGGCCUUCAACAAGCAGAAUCCACCCAAGAAGGUGGACGUUUUCCAGAUGUCUGUAAUAGAAAUUCCGCUGAACAGUCCGGACAGUCCACCGACUUGUGACCCCAAGCGGCGCGGAUCCAUCACGAUGAUGAGUAUACCCUCAAUACAGAAGAAAACCCAGUCUUCUCAAUUCUACCACAUUGAACGCUUCAUGGAUGGAGAAUAUCGGAAGUACAACUCCAACUCGGGGUUUGUUGACAAUCAGCCUAGGAACACUCCACAGGCCUUUAGUCACUUCACUUUUGAACAUUCUGGUCAUCGUCUGUUGGUUGUGGAUAUUCAAGGAGUCGGCGAUCUCUAUACCGAUCCUCAGAUCCAUACUGCCGACGGACUCGGUUACAACGACGGAAAUCUGGGUCUUCGAGGCAUGGCCCUAUUUUUCCAUUCACAUCGCUGUAACCCCCUCUGCAAUUACCUUGGUCUAGCUCCAUUCGACCUCUCUGAGAACGAAGUUAAAGAACUUUAUGAUGGUGAUGCGGGGCUUAAUUUGGAUAUUGAAGGCGAAGCUAACCAAUUCGAGGUGGAUAUUGAUGAUUUCGAGGAUUUUGAGGCACUUGAGUGCACUUCACCUUCCGCGAAUAAACCUUUUCCUCAUCCGAAUGACCCUUCUCUCCCGUCUUCUCCUACUGACAGUGAUGCAUCCGUACAUCUGCAAGCUCGGAAGCGGUCCCUCUCUUACGGUAUGAUUCCGCUCGGUUUUUCACCCUCUCCGUCCCUUUCUGCCUGUUAUCGGUCGAAUGCUAGGCAAUUUUACGGUCCCACUGUCGCUAAGGAUGAGGAAUUUCGCGUCCGUCGUCGCUUCCGCACGUUCAGUGGUUCCACGGCCACCGACUUGGGUAACCACGGGUCUUCAAUUGUCGACACAAAGUCCCAAAUUUCCAAGGGUCUCUCACCAAACAGCGCUGAUUGUGUUGACACUGACUUACCCGUUCUUCUUGAUUCUACAUUUGACGUCGAUUCGGGUUUCAGCUGGGAAGAUGAAGCAUGUACUGCGCCCUUCCGUCUUCGGGGGCGGAGAACACGAACUAUUAGUGAGUCGUCUGAUGUAGACAAUGACCUGGCGGCCGCAACGGUUGGAAGUCUUCUACAUCAGACCAUUCGUGAAACACACAAGCCAGCUUCUGCAACUCAUCCUUCUAAUUUGGAUCAGGAGAUUGGUCAAUCCAUUUUGGGGCAGGUGCAUCACGAACUUGCUCGCUUGCAUGAAGCUAGCAGGUUCGUGAAACGGCACAUUGGAGGCUGGUCACAGAACGGACUUGGUGGUCUACCACUGGACCAUAACACGGAAUCAAAUGACAUUGAUGCGUCGAGGUUAAUCGAUUGGAAGUCGGUUUUGUUUCACGAACGUCUUGCUGCCCAGUUAGGGUGCCUUGAGGCUCUUAUCGUCAUGGCUCACUACUAUCUUGGGCUCCCUACACAGCUUCUUUCUGACUGCCCCAUUAAGCCCCGUGAGGAUGAUCUCACUCUGGGUGUCGAUUAUUUAUGGCGGUCGUCGAUGGGUGGCGAUCGUCGUUGCAUGAUUCUCCUCGCCCGCUAUAUGGACGCCUCAGUUGUAUUUGGUGGGGUUGACUCAGGCGCGCCACCAUUAGUGGAUCGAGGGGCUAUUAGAGAAGCACUGAACUUACGUACUACACCAGUGGACGACUUUAUCGUCCUCCUCUCUUCGCAUCGUGGCUUCCCUGUCCCCGCGGGUUCUGCGGGUCGGCCGUGGGCAGAAGCAAUGUCAUGGUACCGUCGAGCCAUCGAAAACGCUGGUGUCACCGUCCCUGGUGGUGCCUGUGAUGCUGAUGAAGGCUGCGACGCCGAGGGUAACUAUGACUCUGCAGAGGAUCUCUCGCCUGUUCACCGUCUGCUGGCCCGUCUGGCUGAGAUGUACGAAGUUGGUGGACAUGGCCUCCAGACCGAUCUUACAAUGGCGGGUAUGCCAUUUUGCUCUUUUAGACCUUUUGACUAUGUACAUUGUAUAAAUGGAUGA